UCGCAACGCCAUAAUAUCAAUAAAAGGGAGUGCUUAGUGACACAUCGGGCAGAUUAGGCAUGUCGUGGGAUGUAGGUUCCGGCGCAGCGGAAUAUACAGUUAGUGAUGUUCGCGCUGUGGUAUUGGAGCGUGGUGCUGGUGGUGCUGGUGGCGCGGUGGGCGGCGCCGGUCGCGGCUGUAGUCGGAGGCGCGCCUGCUGCUCCUCCCGAGCCUGAUGCGGCUGUUAUCUUCGUGCAACGGCACGGCCGCAGUGCCAGGCUCCAGGGCAACAAAGACGAUCGACUUGGCUACUACAGCUUCUAUGGAAUAAGAUAUGCGUUCCCACCAGUGGGCCCUAGACGAUUCCAACGUCCAGUGCGACAGUACCUCUCAGGAGAGUUAAAUGUGACGAGACAAUGCUUGCCGUGUCCCCAACGCGACCCUUACGUGCCGAACCGCAUCAUUGGCAACGAAGACUGCCUCUGUCUCAAUGUCUUUGCUCCGAAGAUGCCUGGCGAAGAAAAAGGCUGUCCAGUAGUAUUCUUCAUUCACGGUGGUAAUUAUAAGAGUGGUUCUACUGCGAGCGGCGGUCAACAUUUCACGCAAAAAGAUACUAUUCUUGUGACGGCACAAUACCGGUUGGGGUCCCUCGGCUACCUGAGCACGGGCCAAAGAGACGCUUCGGGGAAUUUCGGUCUUUUCGACUUACACUCUGCUAUGGAUUGGAUCAAAGACUAUAUUCAAUUCUUCGGCGGUGACCCAGCUCGUAUCGUGGUGAUGGGCCAGGGCUCUGGCGGCAGCGCGGCGUCUUUGCUCGCCAUGUCGCCUGAGGGCCGCAGCGCCACGGGCGUGGCGGCGCUGUCGGGCGCUCCGCUGUCGCCCGGCGCGGUCCGCCCCAAGCCCGAGAAACACGCCGACACCAUCGCCGAACGCACUGGAUGCCCAAAGUCACCUGCUGAAAGUCUCAUGAAGUGUUUGCGGCAGAUGUCCACUGAGAAAAUUGUUAUGGCUGAUGAAGACGUAGACAUGAACCAGGUGGUCGACACUAUGAAGUUCUUAAACGAAAUCUCGGGACGUUCAGGUGCCGGUGCUAGAGUGGAAGGCGAGUAUGACCACCGAGGCCUGCCCCCCAUUGUAGCCGAGAAGCCAGAUGAAUCAUUGAACAGGAAACAAAAACGCCCGCCCAUGCUCACCGGCGUUACCUCGGCUGAGACCUCUAAAGCUGUAUUUGGAAAAUACAACCAGUUCUUAACAGGACAGCUGCAACUGGUGAAAGAUUUUAUUAAGAAGGAUCUGAUCGGCGGUUUGCAAGGAGUGGUGUCGGGUGUUGAAGGAUUACUGCCUAUUAAUGCUGCGGUCCAAUCUCUUCUGCCUAUUGCCUUGCCGGACUAUUAUACAGCAGUCUUCAAUGCUACUCUUCAAACUGUGGAUGGACUGUCAGAGAUCGUUGAAGCUACAAGUGAUGCCCUGUUCAAUCUCCCCGCCUACCAAAGUGUCCGUGCGUGGAGUUCAGGCGGCCCCGCUUAUCUAUACAGCUUUGAGCACGUCGGCAACCUUACUAAAGGAUCCCAUUUCUUGCCCGGCCUGGCCCUUACUGACGAUUCCGCAACAAAUUUGACCAGUAACAGUAAAGUGAAAGGUCCUGCGCAUGGAGAUGAGCUAGCUUACUUAUUCGAGCCAUUAGAUGCUGAAGGCAGAUCGGCUGGUGGUGAGGUGUCGAGCACGGACGCUCGUGUCAGAGAAUCUUUUGUGAGCCUGAUUUCAAACUUUGCUCAUGGCUUAAAUGCUGAAGAAAAUGACAAGGGUACCUCUAAGAAGAGCUUAUUUGGCUUGUUACCUUACUCAGAAGAUAGCGAUCAGUUUUUGAAAAUAUCUGACCGAAUUACUACGGAAAAAGGGUUUAGAUUCUGCCAAAUGGGACUAUGGGGUGGUAUGGCGGACAGACUGACAGGGGCUCUCUGCAAAAAUUUAAUUGGUGAUUUAUUAAGUGGUCUACCGCUUCAGCUACCUUUGGACAACGUGCCAUUAAAUAAUCUGCCACUCAACCAAUUGCCAUUGAACAAUCUAGGCGGUGAUGUGCUCCCAAUGAAUAAUUUACUGCCAGGCGUGCUUGGUCGCAGAACUACUGUGCCACCGAGGGUGAUUCAGCAAACCAGACGGACUACGCGUCGCUCUAUAUUAGGCCUCCCGAUCGAUUUGUAGAUUUAAUAUAUGUUUUAUAUCUAUUUGCAAAA